AGUAGUUCCUAGGUGUGGUGACCUCCCUGAUAGCUAACAAAACUAAUAACUCAGAACACGACUAGAUAAAGGGACAGAGACGGACAGUCCGGGAGUUGGCCGGAAUAUGUCGAUUUGACUAACCGGUAAGUUUAUUUUUACUAGAAGUCUUGGGCAAAAAUAGAGAUUAGUUUUCCCAGACGUCAACAUUAUAAAUCCUUGAUGGUAGUUCCUUAUUUCGGAAGUUAUUUCAAUCUUUAUAACUUCUCCGUGUACAUGUAUUUUUUUAUAAACUUGGGACGAUUAAUAUACUUUACAUUUUGUAAAUUUGUAACUCUCUUCUUUUGAACCAUAACUGUUCGGAUCUGCGAGUUCUUUCGAAAGCUACAUGUCCGAUAUGAAUCUUGCUCCUCCGUCCACCAGCAGGAAAUCCAGUACAAAUCCUAAGAUCAAACUUAUACUUAGUCACGUGAUAGAUGAUAAGACGUAAACAACUAACGUAGCACUCCUUACUAUUUGAGCAUCAGCUAACAGCCACUGCGUAUUGGUGAACAGUUUACUUCCUAGCCACAAGUAAACGCUGGAUCUCGAGUCGGCGACUGAUUUACUCUCAGACUUUCGUUUACACAGUACCGUGAUAAAGUCGGAGAGGAAGACUUCUCAAAUUGACAUCCCUUGUGAUACUGAAAGCCAAAGAGAAGAGCCGUACACGCAAAACCAGAAACGGCGACCAACCGAACUAAAGCUGCCCCCCUGGAUAGCGUGGUUGGAAAUUCACCAUCGGGUGAAUAUGCAGGGCACACGGCAAAACUCUUGAAUGAAGACAGUUACUGUCGUUUGUUAAAAGAAGAAUACGGUCGCGUUCUGUAUGAAAGAGACCUUGCAAAACGAAAUCUUGCAGUUGCAAAUUACCGGCCUAAUGAGGAGCUCCAGAAAGAGAGACAUGACAAGGAAUUUGCUGUGGCAGUCACAGAUCAGAGCAACAACAUGGAACAUGUACACGAAGAACAGAACCGGUCUAGCCCCCGACUAAGCUCCAAAUAUUCGGGAUUACCUUUGGAUCAUCGUGCUAGAAGGGAAAAAGGCACGAGAGUCCAUACUCAUCUUAACGGGUACGCAAAUCACCUGAGUAACUCUGAAGACCAAGACGAACAUGGAAUUAAAGACAGCAAUAAUAAUGUUAGUAAUUGUAAUGACGAUCACAGCCGUGGUGGUGGUGGUGGUGAUGAUAAUGACGAUGAUGGUGUCAGUAGAAACAGCGAGGAAAACAGUGACAACAGUGACGAUGACAGAGGCAAUGGAGAUAAAGAUGAUGAAAACUGUGACGAAAACUGUGACAGCAAAUACCAUAAUGAUGAUGGAGGGAACACUAGCCACAAUGUUGAGGACGACUUUACCUGCAACAAUGGCGGUUGUGCAAAGAGUCACACAAUUCAAGCCCCUCUUUCUCCAAAUGCAGACGAAACAACUGUAGGGUCAGAUGAAACUGAAGAGUCUCUGACUGAGGAAUUAAACGUCAGCUUGCGAUUUAACUCUCAGCACAGCAUUGACGAGGACACGGGCAACUUUAGUGUAGAGAAUAGUAAUAGAAACCCAGUAGGUAGCAAUAGUAUCAACAGCAAUAAUGACACUUCUUGUGAAAAUCCCAACACCAGAAAUGACAAGAAGAAAGCUAACAGAUUCGAAGUGAGAAAUAAUGCCGAGCGUUCAGCGGAAAGAGAUGGUAUAGCUGCAAGCCAAGGAGCAAGACCAAAGAUUGUACCGCAGAAUCCAGUGCUGUUCGAUGCACAUUACCAGAAUGGAAAGAUACCAUCCUUGGAGACAACUGGUAUUGAUCAGAUUUUUCUCGCCCGGCACUCAACAGAUCCAAGUCUUCCGCAGAUCUCGUUUACAGAAAGUUAUGACAUGUACACUAGCAACGAUUGAACCAAAACUUCUAUAACUAGUAACAGCAGCUCCUCCUCACUUUGGAACCUCCCUCGUUCGCCGGCUCCUGAAAGAAGCGGGUUGGUGCUAGAGAAUGUAACUUCCAGAGGGCUGAUUCCAUGGUAUGGAGAUCCAAUGCCAGUAAAUUACUAACCUGUGACAUCAAUGACGGGGCAGUUCUCCAACGCAUGUAAUUUCAGCCGCGACAUUGACCGGUUAAACUGGAAUGAAAAUCUGCCAAGCAACAUACAUCUAACAAGCUUUUCAAGUUUUGGUAACUUUACUGCAGAAAAUGGGACUCAGACAGCAUCACCUUCACUUAGAGUCAGCCUAUUGGCGCCCGCUGUUACCCCACCAAGUUCCAGGAUACGUUUUCAAACCGCCAUUUCGCAAUUUUCUUCAAGUACGAUGUCAGGAAGUGUAGCCCCAGUUACUUCCACUUAUGAUAUGUUAGGUAGCUAUGGACGAGAACGAGUAGGGGACUUCAAAAGGUACAGGCCCUCCUUUAGAAAUAACCAAGCAAAUAGUGGUUUGACUUCACCAGAAAUGGUUAUUCCAGAGAGACGAGAAGAAAGCUCGAGGAACCAUCACCUAUUCAAUAAUCAACGGGAAGGUUCACAUGCUUCAGUAUCGCUUGGGGACCCUUCACUGGUUUCUCUAGAACAACAAGUGGCUGAAAUCGAUAGAGUUCUUAAAAAACGAAAAGAACGGACCAAAAGACAGAGCGAGGCGGCACAAAGACAUCGGGAGAUAAGGGAAAAGAGGCAAAAAGAGGCAAGAGAAAGGAAAGAGAGAAGAAAGAGAAA